CUAGAGCUAAGUCUGUGUUCCUUCGUAGAAGGUGAACGUGGUGUUUCCACCCAUCUUCCUUUCCCCUUCAUUUCUAAAUCUAGCGUUUAUAAAUUUCUUGUCUUGGAAUAGUCUACCACACCCUCACAAAAUAUACAUAUCUUGUAUUUUGCUCUCACUAAUUACCUUGUUCAAACUCAUUUGCACAAGUGUCGUCCCUUAUCGCUUAUCAUGGCUUCUGCUUCUUCAUCAACCCGUCCCUGCAAAUAUGAUGUUUUUAUUAGUUUUAGAGGCAAAGAUGUCCGUCUUGGUUUUCUCUCUCAUCUCUGUACUGCUUUGCAGCAAAAACAAAUCAAUGCUUUCUUGGAUGAAGAACUUCAUAAAGGAGAAGAGAUCUCAUCAGCUCUCUUAAAAAUAAUUGAAGAAUCCAUUGUCUCAAUUGUCAUUUUCUCUGAAAAUUAUGCAGAUUCUCCAUGGUGCUUGGAUGAGCUUGUGAAGAUACUUGAAUGCAAGGAAACUUUAGGACAAUUAGUCCUACCAGUUUUUUACCAUGUAGAUCCAACUGAUGUUCAAGACCUGACAGGGAAUUUUGGGAAGUCAUUUGCUCUUGCUAAGCGUGGAGAACAAGUUAAAGGCUGUUCACACAAAUGGAAGCAUGCUUUGACGGAAGUGCUAAGAGUGAAUUUUCAGCAGGCAUUUGCUAUUGUUGUGCAUGGAGAACAUGUUCAAGACUGUGUACCCAAGGUUGACAGAUGGAAGCGUGCUUUGAUGGAAGUAAGCAAAGUGGCAGGCUGGGAUUCACGGAAUAUCAUGCAUGAGGCCAAAUUAGUUGAGGAAAUCGUCAAUGAUGUUUUGAAGAAAUUUAGUGGUAUGUCUUCAAGUGAUGAUUCUUACAAUCGUAACUUGGUUGGAAUUGAAUCACGUGUGAAAAAAGUGGAACAAUUGUUAAAUGAUAAUAAAGUUGUAGGAAUUUGGGGGAUGCCAGGCAUUGGUAAAACAACUAUUGCACAAGUAGUAUUUCGUCGAAACAAGAUCAAAUUUGAUGGUCAUUGCUUUCUUGAUAAGGUUAGGGAAACAACCACAUUAUUAAGAGAAAAAAAAUUACUUGAAGACACAUUGUUUUGGGGUCCUUUUAUUAGAAGCAGGCUCGGGAUGAAGAAGAUAUUCAUUGUUUUUGAUGAUGUAGAUGAUGCAGAUCAUUUAAAGGAUCUUUUAAAAAAAUUAAUAGGAGAGUAUGAUUUGCACCGUGUGGGAGGUGUGGGAAGUAGAAUCGUUAUAACUAGCAGAGAUCAGCAAGUACUUGAAAAUUUUUGUCCAAAGGAAUGCAUAUAUAAGGUUGAGAAAUUAACUUAUUCUGAAGAUUUGAAACUCUUUAGCUUGCAUGCCUUCAAGCAAAAUCAUCCAAAUGAAGGAUACAUGGAGCUAUCACAGAAGGCAAUAACCUAUGCUGGUGGCAAUCCAUUAGCUCUUAAAGUUUUGGGAUCUCAUUUAUUUGGUAUGGGGAUAGAAGAAUGGAAAGGUGAAUUGAAAAAAUUGAACGGCCAAUCUUUGAAGAAAAUUCAAGACGUUUUGAAAAUAAGUUAUGAUGGGCUAGAGAGGGAUGAAAAGGAAAUAUUUCUUGAUAUUGCAUGUUUUUUUAAUCUGAAAAGAAGAGAUCGUUUAGAGAGAAUAUUAGAAGCAUGUGGUUUCCAUCCAAAAGGUGCAAUACAUCGCCUAAUUAAAAAAUCUCUCAUAAGUAUUUCACGUGAGCGCAUAGAAGUGCAUGACUUGCUACGACAAAUGGGCAAAGAUAUAAUCAUUGAGGAAUGCAAACAGCCUGGAGGACGCAGUAGGUUGUGGAAUUAUGAAGAUAUUGAUCAUGUAUUUACAACAAAUACGGGAACUGAAAGUGUUGAAGCCAUAGUUCUUGAUGUGUAUUCUACAAUAGAUGAUUUGAAGCUAAGUCCCACGGCCUUCACGAAGAUGUGCAAGCUUAGAAUGCUCAUAGUCAGAUCGUCUGAAUAUUUGAAAGGACAAGUGCUCCUUCCUAACAACCUUGAAUUUCUUCCACAAGAGCUAAGAUAUCUUGAAUGGGAUUAUUACCCUUUGACAUCUUUGCCAUCAAAUUUUUGCCCAAAGAAUCUCGUAGAACUUCAUAUGACUGGUAGCAAACUCAGGCAACUAUGGCAUGGAGAUAAGCAUUUUGAAAAUUUGAUAUCACUUGAACUCUUCGGCUCUAAAGACCUGAUCAGGAUUCCAGACUUAUCUAAUACUGCCCCAAAUCUUGAGGUUUUAGAUUUGAGUGGAUGUCGUAGUCUGACUGAGAUCCCAUCUCUUCAAAAUCUGAGCAAGCUUACUAAACUACAGUUAGACGGGUGCCAUAAAGUCACAUGUUGUCCGGAGAUUCCUUGUAGUAUAAGGUUUCUAAAUUUAGGGGGAACUGGAAUAGAACAACUGCCCUCGUCAAUUGAGCAUCGGACUCAACUUGAAGAUUUGUCCUUGCGAGGAUGUAAAAGACUCGUUAGUAUUCCAAGCGGCAUAAGCGAGUUGAAAUGUCUUAUAACACUCGAUCUCCUUAGAUGCUCAAAUUUAACGAGUCUUCCAGAAAGCAUCAAACAAGUAUCGAAGUUGGAAUCUCUUGAUUUAAGUGGUUGCGAGAGACUUGAACGUUUACCAGACCUCCCAUCAUCCUUAAAAGAAUUAAGGGCAUCAGAGUGCACCUCUCUGAAGUCAGCAUCAACUUCAUUCCUUUUCGAAGAUCAUGCUCGUGGAUUUUUGAAAUCGAAACUUCUUCAGUUUGAUAAUUGCUUCAAUUUGGAGGAUAAGAAGAAAGUUAUUGAGGAUGUUAUUGAAACGCAUCUGUUGGGUCAGGAUGUUGGAUUAUUUAUGGUGGGAGGUGAAGUACCAGAAUGGAUGAGAUAUAAGAAUAAAAUUGGAUCCUCGCUUUCAUUCGAACUUGACCUUCGUCACUUAAUUGCCUUCUCUUUCUGCGCUAUUGUUCAUCCCAAAAAUGAUAUUCAGCAAUCUUUUACAUGUAGAGUGGAUUUCAUAGACGAAUCUGGACAUAGGCAUCGCUAUGAUUUCUCGCAUCGCUAUCUUUUAUCAACCAUAAAUUCAUUGCAUCGAUUUGACUUUUCAUCAGAACACAUGUCGCUUUGGCUCGAUAAUAAAAAAUUCGAAUCUGUUGAUGAAAAGUGUAUAGUUGAGGCCUCAUUUCACUACGGAGAAUAUAGGGUGAAGAUAAUUAAGUGUGGGAUCCAUCCUAUAUAUAGUAGAAAGAGGAGCAGAAAUGAAGAGCAUCAGGAUGACGAGGAACACCAACCGGCUUUUCAAAGAUUGGAAGAAGAAAAGGAUAACAACAUUAAGAGAAGAAGGAUAAAUUAUAAGGAAGAAGAAAAGGAAGAGGAGGCUUGCAACCAAACCCUACUCACUUCCCCGGCCGGAUCUCUGCUGCGUUCCCUUUCCCUCCCCUCCGCUCUCCAUUUCCCAAUCUCUGCAUCUUUGUCGGCAACGACGAUGAGUCUUCAGCUCAUAUUAGUGGUAGUAGCAUUAGCGAUAGUAGCUUCUCUGGUCGGGACUGGGUGUACCGGUCGUUUCUCGGACCUUAUGUGGCGGGGACUCGGGUAACAGUGAAGGGUCGGCGUGGUAGUGGCGGUAAUAGUAAGGAGAAGCUGGUGGAGGAGAAGAAGGGACCUGGAAGUGUCUCGAGUAUUUCAGUGAAAGUGAAAGAGGAGAAACUAAAGGUAGAGAAGGAAGUGAAAACGGCGGCGAGUCAAGUUUUGGUGACUGGCCGAGUUCUGUGACUCAGUCUGGUUCCGGGAGCAGUCGGAGAUUGAGACAUUCUUUGGGCUUUUAUUUUGUAAUUUGCAUUUGUAUAUCAUCUGUAUCUUAUUCAAAUCACCUGGGGAGUAAAGUCAGACAACUAGAG